CAUGCCGAGCAAGUGUCACGUGGAAAGCCUGGUGCAGCAGGUGGGACAGCUGUCGGAUGUAGAGAAGUUCCUGUUGUACCUCAAGCUUCCUGUGGGACGCUCUCCAGACACCGAUCCUUUGAAACAACCAUUGAAUCCUCUUGGGAGUCGCUGUGAAAUUCAGCUCACAAUAACAUGGAUAAAGACUCACCUGGAGAUGAACAGUGAGGUGUCUCUGCCGAAGCGGGAAGUCUAUAAUGAAUACAU